UACAAGUGCAGAGAGUCACCUAGAGUUGGAGGGGAUACCUGCUUAACCUCAAAACAAUCAACUUGUCAUUUAGAAUCAUAAUAAAAGAUUGAAAAAAAAAAUUACAUGGAAUUUGGUACAAAUAUCAACAGACACCAAUAAAGCGUGAAUGAAGUGCUAGAAAAAGAUGUGCAAAUACUUCAUUAUUAAGUUUUCUUGAAGUAAUCUGAGCUUGAACUAAACUUCGGAUGACAUACUUUGCCUUUCUAUAAGAAGAUGGGUCAUGGAUCUAGUCGUUCAGCUUCCUCAGCGAAUAUAUUAUCGGCAGAGGAGUUGACUCUUGUAGAGAAUCUAUUCAAAUCCAUGUCCCGGAGCUCAGGGUCAAUUAAAAGAGAAGAUAUCUUUAAACAUUGGUCUGUUCAUUUAGAUGAUGGGCUAUUACAAUUUGUUGUGAGAUUUUUAUGCCAUGAUCCUGGAAAGAAAGUAUCAGCCAUUAAUGGAGAGAACUUUGGAAGACUUUAUGUAUUUUCUGUACGAGGAAGUGCUGAAGAGCGUGCUAGAUUAAUUUUUAAUGGAUUAACUGAAGAGCCUGAUGGGAAAAAUGAAAUUUCAACUGCCACAUUUCUUCAAUAUGUUCAAGCAACCAUUAAUUCUUACUUGAGAUUACAAAAAAACUGUGGAAAUUUUCAUUAUUCAAGUUGGAAUAGCAUUGGAUGCACUGUAAAUACUAGGAGAAUUGAAAAAAGAUCUAAAAGUUUAUGUGAAGAUAUCGUUAAAUCAGGAGAUAAUUUAACUAUUGAUCAAGUAGAAAACUGGUUUCAUCAAUGUGCUACUUUUCGAGAAAUUCAAUCACAUGUUAUUCAAUGUCUCUUUUUAAUUUCACAAAAAAAAGGAGACAAAAAUGUUAGUGUAAAAAUUAACGACCUAAACCUUUUGCCACUUUGUAAAGGUCUAGAAAAUAUUCCACACUUCCCAAGUAUUCUAGGACUUGGAGAUGUUCUUUUUCUAAAUCUUAGUCUACCUCACGAACUUCGAAAUGAAUGGCGAUUUUUAUUCUCCAGUCAAGUUCAUGGAGAAUCUUUUUCUACGAUGCUCGGACGUAUUUCUAUGCAAGGAGCAACACUAAUUAUUAUUCAAGAUACAGACGACCAUAUUUUUGGAGCUUUUGCUCCAGUUAGUUGGGCGUUAAGCCCUAAUUUUGUUGGCAAUUCUUCAUGUUUUUUGUUUAAACUUGAACCUCAAAUUUUAACAUUUAAUUCUAGUGGUUAUAACAAUCAUUAUCAAUAUUUAAAUCUUCAUCAACAAACGAUGCCCAAUGGCAUGCUAGUAGGUGGGCAGCUUAAUUAUCCUGGCCUUUGGCUUGAUUGUGAUUAUGGCACUGGUAAAUCGUGUGUUUCGUGUACAACAUUCCAGAAUUACAUUCAGCUCAGUGGGAAAGAAAACUUUACGAUAAAACAUUUAGAAGUAUGGGGAAUUGGACCUUUGCCAGAAGUUGAAGAAGGAACACGAGACCCACGAUCAAUCUUGGAUCAAGAUCCUGCUUCUCAAGUCAUGCUUGAGUUAGCUGGAAGAAAAAUGCACAGCGAAGGACUCAGGAAUAAAAAAGAGUGAACGAAGAAACUGAUCCUACAGUCAAAGAUUACAUAAAUAAAAAGUUUCAAAAAAUUAGACAUCGAAGCAAAAAUUUUUGUGGUAAAAAUAAAUGGCAUUUCAACAAAUAAAAAAUAUCAAUGAAAUUUCAACGUAAACUAAAUAAACGAAUUUUCUCUAAUUAGUGAUCACCUGAAAACAUAUGUGAUGAAAAUAAUAGCGUACUUUAAAAUAUUUUUUCUUUUAUAUAAAUAUUAUCUGUGAUUAUAUUUGGUCCUUUAGGUGCUUGCUUUUCUUCUUUUAUUUAAAUUAUCAAAGAGUUCUACAAUUUUCUUGCAUUCAAUUUACUAGUCUCAUUAUUCAAUAUUCUUAACUUUUAUUUUCUGCAGCUAUCGAUGCAAUCUAAAAUAUUGUUUCAAAAUAAGAUUUAAAAAUUCCAC